AUGAUGGCAGGACUCGCAGCCCAGGAUUAUCAGCUGGAAAUAAGACAACAACCCAAGGCAGGCUGCGUGGCUCUCACGAAAGGAAAAGAUCGCCGACCACUGGAUCCUCCUCCAAUCGUCCAGCUCAAGGUCUCGCCGAGGUUGGAUCCCACCCAGAGGUUUCUCCAGAAUCCUUACCUUAUCCUCAUCGCCAAACUGGUUCCCAAGGAUGGCGAAAAUGAUGAGCAACAACGGCGAACCGAAACCAAAGGGGGCGACUUGGCCGGGACAGUCGUCUCCUCUCUCUACAACCUCAAGGAUACCGAUAAUACCCAGGGUGGAUUUUUUGUGUUUGGGGACUUGUCAGUGAAAAGAGAGGGCUCUUUUCGACUCGAGUUCACCCUCUUCGAGCUCAGAUCACAGACCAAAGACUGCUGGCAGCUCUCCAGCUGCAUUUCGGACACUUUCCAGGUUUAUGCCAACAAGGCCUUCCCUGGAUUGCAGGAAUCGACAUUUCUGACCAGGACCUUCAGCGACCAGGGUGUCCGGCUACGGUUACGAAAGGACUCGAGGACGGUUGUUCAGAGCAGAAAGCGCGGUGCCAGCGGUGCGCCCCAGGUUGACAUGAAGCCGCAGUCGAUUGGUUACAUGCAUGGCGGAAACCACGACUUGAGUCCCAAUGGCCAGCAGCACCACGGCAGAAGGACUAGCGCUCUGGAGUUCGACAAUGGAAGCUACGACUUUGGAUAUGACCCCCGAGGCGGCAAGCGCAUGCGACACAACAGCUCGGCCGGCAAUCACCCCGGCUACGACAGCGGCUAUUACACCCAUCAUAACCCAAACCCUAGGACGAUACCAGAGCCCAUGGUGUCGGCUGCCUUUUCCAACGGCAUCCCCAUGACUACCAGCUACCCAGUGCAUACACAGCCUGCCAUCUCUGGAAUCUCUAUGCGCCCUAGUAUGGCAGCUUUCCCGCCUCUGCAUCCGCUUGACACGCAGAUCUCGCCACACUCUGCCGGCCCGAAUUCAGCAUCGUCAACCUUCUCUCCAGGCACGAGCUUCUCUCCAGGCACGAGAAGGUCUCCCCUCUCAGCAUACCAAUACCCGAACACACAUCACAACAUCUAUGGCUCGCCCACUCAUAUGAAUUACCAGACGACUUCAGCACAGCAGCCAAUGGCUCAGCAUGGUGACAUGGGGUUGUCACUUCAACUCCCAGGUAUUGACCUUGGCGACAUUGAGAAAUAAGGGCUCACCCGCCUGACUUUUCCUUUUGCUCCUGCGGAGCUGAGCAGCGAGUAUAUCGCCCACUAAUCCCCCUUUCGCUGCGUCCGUAUUCCCUGACUCUUUGCAUUGGAUGGAAAAGAAAAUUGAGUGCACGGUUCUACCACAUAUGAGAUUGGAAGUAGGAAAAGUGCAAGGGUAGCUUUUUAGCUGGGACUUUCUCUUUCUUUUUUUUAUUUUAUUUUACUGAAUGGCUGUCUGGAAUUCUCGGUGUUAUAAAGGCAAACGAUAUCCUCUCUGUCGGUUUCUUUUGUCGGUUGUUGGGUCUUGGGUUCGGUCAAGCAAAUGGGCAUUGGAGAGAGCAAAGGAAAGAAAGCACGAUUCCCCGGGGUACGGUGUAAUUUUCUUGCAGGGUUCAUAUUUCAUCUUCUCUUGUUACACUUUUACUCAACACCACUACCAACAUCGCACACCUUCACUUUGUUCAUGGCAUUCUUCAACUUCUUCCGUCAAGGAACCAUCGCUUCUGCCUCUUUCUCCCACUCUUUCUCCGCCCACCGCUUUUACGAAGUCAUGAGAGAUCACUUGUUUCCCGAGAACGGAGGGAGCAUGGUCAUGUUAGCGAAGCAAACGAGUAAGCUGCGAGUUUGGGUUGGUCGUUGGCUUUUGAGUGAUACCCCUCCGCGAAUUUGGUUAUGGUUAUUUCUGGUGGCAAGGGAAAGCGAAAAGGGAAAGGGAAAAAGGAUUAUGCUUACCAGAGAGGGAGAGCUAUCAGGGGGAGGUAAUUAGUGGGUAGGGGGAAGGAAGAUGGUGAUGCUUCCGAGGCUGAGGUUUCUUGUCUUGAGGAAGUUGUCCUGUGCAUGUUGGGUUAUACCUAGUCAGCGUUGGUAGGUAUUAGAGAAUAGUACCUGGUAGAAUCACCGUAAGAAGUAUGGUAUCGCCUGCAUGGGGCUUAUAAAUGAUAAAAUCGCAGCUUGGUGUCCUGGUGAUGUGACGUUUAUAAAGGCGGAAUAUGUGCUUAAUGCAGAUGUGUUUGGCACAGGAUGACCACCCAAAAAAAACCGUGUUAUGUGAUUGGCUGGAUGUAAUUUGGCUAGCUCUGAUUGGACGGCUAGGAUGAGGCUUUUCUCUUCUAUCAACGGCGAUUAGAUAGAUAUGUAGAUGGGGAUCCAACUCAUCGACCGAGACCGAU